AUGGCGGAAGUUGACUCAAGACCAGCUGCCCACAAGUUCGACAUCAAGCCCAUCAUCAAGGAGAAGCUGAGCAGCGCCAGUACAAGGUCACGCCCAGCUUUUCAGCCUGACACCCACCUGGCUUACCGCGAAGCUCCCAAAGUGCUGGGGAUGAAGGACAUCGGGCUCCCGGAGGAUGUGGGUAUCUCGCCAAUAGCCAUCUCGGAGCCGUUCCCGUUGUUUACCGAGGAAGCCGUUAACAUCAUGAGGGGUGAGAUCUUCACAAAUGAAGUGUGGGAGAACUGUAUGCACAGCACCGAGUUUGCUGGGUGUCAGCUGAGGGGACAUUGUCCAAAAUAUGCCCCCUUCAUGUACGAUGCCUGGACAAACCCGAAGACGCUCGCCAUCGUCUCGAAAAUCGCCGGAAUUGACUUGAUACCCAUGAUCGACAUUGAUAUUGGCAACAUCAAUGUUUCCGUGCAAGAGCCACUCAAGAACCCCGGGAAGUUGGUGAACCAAUCCAACGAUGACAUUCCCGUGACCAAGUGGCAUGUCGACAGCUACCCCUUUGUGUGCGUAGUAAUGAUGAGCGAUGCUUCACAGAUGAUUGGAGGCGAGACAGCGGUCAAGACCGGCUCCGGCGAGAUCAUCAAAGUCCGUGGACCACAAAUGGGAUCUGCCGUGGUCCUUCAAGGCAGGCACAUCACCCACCAGGCACUGGCCGCCGUGGGAGGUGCUGAGCGCAUCACCAUGAUCACAUCGUUCCGUCCACGUGAUCCGCUUGUUCCAGACUCCUCGGUCCUGACCAGCAUUCGACCGAUCUCCGACCACUCGGAGCUGUACUUUCAAUGGACAGAGUACAGAGUUGAAGUAUUGCAGGGACGCUUGCAAAUCAUGCUAGACAUGCUGCGAGAGCACCAUCGGGCCGGCAACCCAACGGAUGUGGCGAAGAUCAAGGAGUUCCUGAAACAGCAGGAGGAGUGGCUCAGCUGUACCAACAAGGAGAUUGUCCCAGUUUGA